GGAGCUUAGGGCCGGAUAAAUACUACUCAAGUAUGAAGACAGUAGCAACUGCGAGCAGCAAUGGAUGGAGAUGGAGCUUUCUAUCUCCACAAUUGAGCAGCAGCAGCAUCAGUCCCAGGAAGGCUACUCUCCCUCUUUCCAUCAAACUCAGACUACACCCUUAUAGAGCCAAUAAUGGUAUUGUGGCCUCCUCUGAUGCAAAGCGAGCGAAUUUGUCUGCCUCAAGGACCCAAAGAGUUAAGCUUCCGGUUUACGAUGACACUCCCGAGGGCAAUGUCAGUGGCGGCCAGCCUUACCAUAUCAGUCAAUUUUUAAGCCACCCAUCUGGGAUUCAAGCUAUAUUAAACACUAGAGCCUUGGAAAAAUUUGAGUUUCUCGACACCAAUGCGUACAGGUGCACACUUCCAAAACUUGCGCUCUUCAACUUUGAAGCAACUCCUGUACUUGACUUACGAGUGAUCCCCACAGAAGAAGACUGCACUGUUGAGUUAUUUUCUUGCAAGUUCAAGGGGUCAGAAGUUUUGGAACGUCAAAAUGAGCAUUUUUCAGCUACCAUGACAAAUCAUAUUACUUGGGACACAAAUAUUUCUGAACCAGUUUUAGAGGUUGAUGUGAAGUUGAACCUAAGUCUUGAGGUUUACACGCGACCAUUUAUUUUGCUGCCAAUUUCAGCUGUUGAGGGUCCAGGAAAUGUAAUGAUGCAAGCUCUACUGGAUAGACUUGUUCCUUUGCUUCUUCAGCAACUAGUGGAAGACUACAAGAAGUGGGUUCAACUUCAAAAGCAGCUGAUAAAUUAGAUUAUUUGUUCAUAUUGGCAGGCGAACUGAUGAAGGCAGGUAAGGGAUAGAACAUAAUUAGACCCAGCUAGAAGCUUUUUCAUACGGGCUUGGGUUUAUGUAUACCAACUCAAUCAAAUCUUUGAACUUCGUACUUGUUUAUAUGAGUUGUAUUGUGAUAGGAAUGUUGUUUUUAGGAGAGUUUGGCCUCGCUACUGGUAGUUUGUAGCCUUUCGUGAUUUGUAUUCAAUUCCUUGAAUGAGUCAAUUUGUUGUUGUGGAUCA